GUAACCAAACACCACUCGCGAAUCUCUCUGUUUCUCUCUAAACGCUAAAACCCUGUCUCUCUUUCUCUGUCUCUCUUUCACUCUCUAAUAGCAAAGGGGUUUGGGGGGACUGCAAUGGCUUUGUCUGAGUCUCAGUCUAAUAAGCAAAAGCACGUGCACCUCUUCUACUACCCUGAAUGCGAGGACCUUGCUCGCAACGUUGCUGCUCAGUCCAGCAAUAUCACUCUCCAAACCAUCAAAUGGAGAAAUUUCGAUGAUGGAUUUCCAAACAUUUAUAUUAACAAUGCCCAAGAUCUGCGAGGCCAACAUGUUGCCUUUCUUGCAUCCUUUAGCUCCACAGGAGUUAUCUUUGAGCAGCUCUCAGUCAUAUAUUUACUCCCACGUCUGUUUGUUGCUUCCUUCACAUUGGUCUUGCCUUUCUUUCCAACGGGCUCCUUUGAGCGAAUGGAAGAUGAAGGGGAUGUAGCAACUGCAUUUACCUUAUCAAGGAUGUUGACUAAUAUACCUAUAUCAAGAGGUGGUCCUACUAGUUUAGUCAUCUAUGAUAUUCAUGCUUUGCAGGAAAGAUUUUAUUUUGGGGACCAUGUUUUGCCUUUGUUUGAGACUGGUAUUCCUCUCCUAAAACAGCGUCUGCACCAGCUUCCUGACGCUGACAAUAUUGUUAUUGCAUUCCCAGAUGAUGGAGCUUGGAAGCGAUUCCACAAGCUGUUGGAUCAUUUUCCCACGGUGGUGUGUAAUAAAGUUCGUGAAGGUGAUAAGAGGAUAGUCCGGCUCAAGGAAGGAAAUCCUGCUGGUUGUCAUGUAGUCAUUGUUGAUGAUUUAGUCCAAUCUGGAGGCACCCUGAUUGAGUGCCAGAAAGUUUUGGGAGCUCAUGGUGCAGCGAAGGUGAGUGCUUAUGUCACCCAUGGGGUGUUUCCUAAGCGCUCAUGGGAACGGUUCACUCACAAGGAUGAAAGCUCGGAAAAGGCAUUCUCCUACUUUUGGAUAACAGAUUCUUGCCCACUGACUGUCAAAGCCAUAGCAAAUAAAGCCCCUUUUGAAGUGUUGAGUCUUGCAGGAUCAAUCGCUGAUGGUCUACAAAUUUGAAAAGAUGGUGUGGGAAGAAAUGCAUGUAGUGUUAUGUUUUAGGCAAGGCUGUAUUCAAGAAGCAUAUUUCCUGAUUUUUAUUGUUUCAAUCGGUAAGUUACGCACACUGAGCGGGUUUUGAACUCGCAACCUCACCAAUAAAUCAUUUUGAUGGAAGUAACAUUUAAGUCAAA